AUGUUCAUAGCAAACAAUAAUGCAACACUUGGUGUUGCGGGUCCGACAAUCGUCGAUGGCGCAAAACGCGACCGUGAUAUGGGCAUCGCAGUCCCUAGCCAAUUCGUCUCCACGUUCGAUUUGAUUCCCACUAGGAAUGCAUUGUCUGCUAUGUUUGCCGCUAUCAAUCCCGAAACAGGCGCAUUACCGGACUCAGGGCCUCCUCUCUGCCAGCUCGGCUCGGACACCUAUCACUGCUGGACUCUCAUCGGAACUCACAACUACUAUCUUUAUUCUGGAGAUGAUGACUGGCUUAGCACCAUCUGGACUAAUUAUACUCAUGCCAUUGCUUGCCUGGAAGGCAAUGUAGACAGCACCGGGUUAAUGGAUGUCACUGGCCUCCCAGAUUGGGCUCGGCUGGGUGGUGGUGGAUGCAAUGCCGAAGGAAAUGCCAUCCUAUACAAGGCGAGUUCCAUGCGAAUUAUAUGGGCGAUGAAUCUCUCUCCGCAGCUUGAGGAGAAAACGCUACCGCACUCAAAGUCAAGUUCAACGAGGCCUUCUGGGUGGAACGAUGCCAACUCGUUCGCCGUUCUUUAUAAUCUGACUCUUUCGAACGAACAGAAAGGUCCGGAAAAGAAUUGGAAUGACUUAGGACCCGUGGUUCCAGAGCUCCCAGAUACGACCUCGCGGUUUAACAUUAGCGGCUUUGAGCCUCAAGCCCAUUUUAAAGCCGGUAAAGACGACCGAGCAUUGGACCUUUUACGUCGAGAAUGGGAUUACAUAUUAUACACGAACCUGUCUGUGCAAAGUACCCUACUCGAGGGUUUUAUGGCGAACGGCUCUCUUUGGUACGUCCUUUUUCCGUUGUUCCUGUAUUCUUCUGGACUUACUUCCGCCCUGACUUUGUAUGUCAUGGGACUGUCUCUCCGGGGUGCUACCUGGUCUGUGAGCCCCCUUAUAAACGGCGGACUUCCUGGCGCCGAAGGUGGUUUUGAAACCUUGCUGGGGUGGUUUGGGAUGAAAUGGGCACUGAAGGACAAUCAGUUCUUCAUGGAGAUCAGUACUCCGAAGGGAACGAAUGACCAAGUGAAGCUACUCAGGAAUGGUUCUGUUGUGGUUGAUGAAGAAGCUGUCGACGUCGGUGCGGAUGGCGAGAUUGCCCUUACCGGAGGGAAACAUGGCGUGGUCAUCUUCAGUUAG